AUGAUGCUGAUGUCCCAAUGCAACACGUUCGAAGCGUGGUCCCUUACUGUCAUGUCAUCGUAUGUCCAACGCGGGUACAUGAAGCUCACCUGCGACCUCAUUGAGACCCAAGACCUGCUAGCGUUCCAAACGUUCACCAACCUCAUCCAGACGUACGGCCCGCAGGAGUACAUGUUGCCGAACAUCACGGGCACUGGAGUGCCGCUCUCCACCAUCUUCGUGGCGCACCACAACCUCGUCACCUAUGGCGUCUCGUUCGAAUGGACGCGCCCCAGGCCCCCCCCCGGUUCGGGCAAGCUUGCCACGAAGAGGUACUAUUCCCCCGAGACGGCAGUCGAGCAGCUCGCGAGCGGGGACCUCUUCCGGGGCGACGCGGAGGUGCAGGCGUGGUACAGGCAGAACCGCGGUUCGCUCGAGCCUGCGUCCGUGGUGGACGUGCCCGGCAUGGCGAAGUGGGUUCAGUUCGCGCAGGUGUGUUUCGCCACUGAAGUCAGCCCCGCGGGCUGCAGUGCCGCUUGGCCAGAUGUGUUCAACUUGACCCACCCGUUUUCUGAUGACAUUUCUGUGGCAGACGGGCUAUAG